UUGAAUCCGCUGAAACGAACAUUGCUUUUCACAAUCAGACAAAGUUUGAACAUUGAAAUUUCAGAAAAAUCAUUAAUAAAUUCAGUGACAAUGAAACUCAAUAAUUCACCACAACUGAAACCUGAUGAAAAAACUGAAAGUGGGCAUAGAAAGCAAGAUGCACAAGACGGCGGAUUUGGAUGGGUUGUCGUCUUUGGAUCAUUUUUCAUUAAUUUUAUCGCGGCCGGAACAUUGUAUAGCUUUGGAAUCAUAUACACCCAUUUUCUGGAUGAAUUCAAAGAGAGUAAGGCGUAUACAUCUUGGAUUUUAAGUUUAUUGUCUGGAUUGAGUGCAGUUUUCGGACCGAUUACAUCAUUUUUUGUCAUUUCUUAUGGGUGUCGCGUGGUAGGAAUUGCGGGCGCUGUAUUAUGUGCCGUUAGUUUUUUUGCCAGUGCAUUUGCAAAAAAUGUGUUCACUCUCAUUGUUACUAUCGGCAUUUUUGGUGGAUUUUCGUUAUCGCUGAUUUUCAUACCACCUCUUAUUUGUGUCACGACGUAUUUCGAAAAGCGUCGAGCGUUAGCCACAGGAAUUGCCGUCUCAGGAUCGGGCGCAGGGACUUUUUUAAUCGCUCCACUUAUCUCAUUAUUAACUAAUGAGUAUGGUUGGCGAAUAACACUGAUGAUAUUGUCUGGAAAAAUGUUGACUUGUGCUCUUUUUGCCGCUUUAUUUCGCCCAAUAAAUUCGUCGAGCCAAGACAAUUCCUCACCAGAAGGGUCCGAUAUAUCGCAAAGAAAACAAAGUGAACAGUUUAUACGAUCGGACGCACUCAUACACGCCGGGCUUUCUGUUUGCCGGUAUUAUGAUCUCUUUAAGCGGUGCAACACUUUUCAUAAUUCCACCAUUACAAAGAUGUGUUAUGAGAAGACAAUUACAACACAAAAAUCUGAAAAAAUGAAAUCAAACAAUUCGUUGCAACUGGAAUGCAAUGGAAAUGACGAACAGGUGAAAAACAAACAAAAUGCAUUGGACGGUGGAUUUGGAUGGGUCGUCGUGUUCGCAUCGUUUUUCAUUUUUUUCAUAUCGGUAGGAAUUGUUUAUUCAUUCGGAAUUAUUUACACUCAUUUACUGGAUGAAUUCAAAGAAAGUAAAGGUUAUACAUCGUUUGUGAUGUCCUUAAUGACAGGAUUGGCAUCAUUGACAAGUCCCAUUUCAUCACUUCUCGUACAAAAAUACGGAUGUAGUGCCACAACAAUUUUGGGCGCAGUAUUGUGUGCCAUUAGUUUUUUUGUCGGAGCGUUUGCGAAAAAUGUAUUCACACUUAUUUUAACAAUUGGUAUUUCAGGCGGAUUCGGCUUUGGUCUAAUUUUCUUGCCACCUAUCGUUAUUGUCUCAACAUAUUUCGAAAAGAAACGAUCAUUAGCAACAGGAAUAUCUCUUGCUGGAUCUGGCCUUGGGACAUUUGUACUCGUACCAUUCGUGAAUUUUCUGAGUGAAGAGUAUGGUUGGCGCAGAGCACUGAUGAUACUCGCUGGAAUUUUGUUGAUUUGUGGCUUACUCGGAAUUCUAUAUCGACCAUUAUCGUCAACACAAGAAAAUCCAAAGCCCGAAAACUUGGACACUUGUUCAGAUAUAAGCAAGCAAUCAGAAUAUCAACAAAAUGACCAUUUGAAAUCAAUGGACAUAUCACCACCAACAACUAAUUCGAAACCAAUAUCCAAAAGCUUAGCGAAAAUGAUGAAUCUUAGCCUACUCAAAGAUCCGAUUUUCAUUCUGUUUAAUUUGGCGACUCUUUUGACCAGUUUGGGAUAUUAUGUGCCAUAUUUUUGUUUAGCCGAUUUGGUGUCAAUAAUCGGUGUAUCGAGUGAAGAUGCAAGCCAUUUGCUUUCAAUAAUUGGAAUUGUAAAUACGGUGGGUCGUGUUAUUUUGGGCUACAUAUCCGAUAGGCCAUGUAUAAAUCGACUUUGGGUGUACAAUAUUUGUCUCAUUAUUUGCGGCAUUGCGACUGGAAUGUCUCUCCUUUGUUUUGACUAUGAAACACUCAUAGUUUUUGCAAUUGUAUUUGGGUUUACAAGCGGGGCAUACAUCACACUGACCUCUGUCAUUAUAACGGAUUUGUUUGGAUUAGAGAAACUAGAAGGUGCAUACGGUUUGAUAUUUUUAUUUGAAGGAAUUGCAAACUUUCUGGGUCCACCAAUUGCGGGUUAUCUGUUUGAUCGCACACACACUUACACGCCUGGUUUCCUGCUUGCCGCUUUUAUGAUCUCUCUCAGUGGUGCAAUACUAUUUGCAAUGCCAUCAUUGCAACGAUGGGUUAUGAGGAGACAGUUACAACAAAAAAAUGACAACAGUGAUGUUGCAUCAUGAUUUGUUUUAUUUUUAUAUGUUCUUCUUGUAUGUGAUAAUUUUUGCAAUAAUUUCAAUGAGGACUGGCCAUGAAAAGUCAAUAUUAAA